AUGAUCGCAUGCCGAUCGGUUCCAGUCGCCAACGUGAAUUUUUUACAGGGCGUUUUAAAAGAUGAUACCAUGGGGGAAAAUGACAACGACGCUGACUAUUGCAAUCAGUACCAGCCACGUUUCACUUACUACUGUACUAGUUCGAGUACGUCGAGCGAUGUUUUACCGUUCUGCCAGAAUUUUCUUCAAGAGUGCGACGUCUCUCAUAUUCCACAAUCUUUCGGAGGUUAUGAGAGGGAAACGACGAACCCUGUGACUGAAAGUACCUCAUCGUUGUGCCGCCGUUUUGCAGCAGAAGCCGAGAUGUUCUGCACGGGAGACGAACCUCAUCAGCUGAAGGAGACGUGCGAUUUGUACCGAAUGCAUUGUAAGGGCGAACGUGUCGUCGGCGCAGAAUCGGCGUCGUCCCCCGCCCCUGCUGUCCGGAUGAUUAAAAGUGAACCUUACUGUAAAAACAACUCCGAUGCCUACAAGUCGUUUUGUCACAACAACCCGUCGUCUACCGAGAUACAGUUCUGCAGGCAUUUCGCCAUGCGUUGUCCCCGAGAGAAACAGCUGUUGGAAACGCCUCCCGUUAAGCUAAAGCCAAUCAGCAGCGACAUGAUGAGAGCGGCGAUGUUGCCAAAUUUGGACGCUGUUUGCCAGAGCCUCAAAUGGAUGGGUCAGUCGUUGUGCAAGGGCUACGAGACACAGGACAUGCGCCAGUACUGCAACGUUUACCGUGUCUACUGCCUUCAGGAGAAACCGUUUCCGAUCAUUGACGGUACCAUCAAGGUGACAUCUAAUGAUUGGUCCGUUGCUGGUAUUCCGUACUACCCAUUUAACUCCGCCGGUCGCAUUGCAGGCGGAGACGUGGUGAACGUCGACUUCGGUGACUGGGGUGCUAGGGUUGGCACUGGUAUUUAUGUAACUGAUUUCUGGAGCGACGGCGAAGUGAUCAACGCCAAUUGGCAGAAAGGCAAUUAUGGGCACAGUUCAGGAUGGGGAAUCCCCGUCAUUGGCUUAACCGGUUUCGAGGACAACGUCAUAAAAUUGGGUGGCUUGGCGAAUCCUUCUGACCAUCCGUUUCUUCUCCUUGGUGGUGUGCCUCCGCCGGCGCCCAAAACCCACAAAACUGGCAUAACAUCUCGAACUACUGUUUCUGACACUGAAGGUGAAACCAAGGCUUCAGAAGCCCCUCAAGAAGCGGUUCCUUCAAUGCUCAGUAGCGGAAGCGGACUUUCGGUUGGAAAUUUGAACAUGCAACAGCAGACAUCAGUUGGCUUUGGAGGAACGCCAUCAGACCCGGCAUUCAUGUCUCUCGGAAAACAAACAAAUAUGGCCGGUUUUGGAACAAGGCAGGGACUCGCCAUUGGACCAAGGGGCAAUCCAUUCGAAAAAAUAGAAGCACCGAUGUCCAUUUAUACCCGUAUUGGAAGGGUGCCAAACGUAGGAGGUCUGAUUCCCGGAACUCCUUUAGGAUAUGCCAAUUAUCAUGAAGCUCAAGGUAUACCAAACGAAAGCUCUCCUUAA